AUGUUGGAUCUUAUAUUUGUUGUAAAUAAUUCAAAUAAAUGGCAUGCUGAAAAUAUGACAAUGAAUCCACAUCAUUAUGCUCAGCCAUUACGUUUAUUUGGACCAAAUAUAAUAUCAAAAUUUCAAGAAACAUGGGGUGCUAAAUUAUACUACAAUACAUUGAUUAAAACAAAUGAUAAUAGGCUGAUAAAAUAUGGUGUUGUUACGGAAGAUGAUAUUGUUGAAGAUUUAUUAGAUUGGAAUUUUAUGUAUCUUGCUGGAAGACUUCAUAAACCAGUUGAAAUAUUAAUUGAACCAGAUGACAAUUCACAAUUACGUACAGCAUUAGUACAAAAUCUUCAAUCAGCAGUACAUGCUGCAUUAUUAUUGCUACCAGAAAAUUUUACUGAACUUGAUUUUUAUAAAAAAAUAACUGGUCUAAGUUAUAAUGGUGAUUUUCAUACAAGUCCAAUUGCUAGAAUAUAUCAUUUAAAUCAAUUACCAAGAAUUCCACAAAUUGAAUUAGUUAGAAUGUGGAAACAUGGAUCAAGAUUAAAAGAUGCUGAAGAUUGUUUAAGAGUUAUUGCACAUGAUCCAGAAUGCAGUGAAAUAUUAAAAAAUGUAUUUGAAAAAAUUGUAUGGAAAUCAAGUGUAUCACAAAGUUUAAAAGGAAUUGCAACAGCAGGAAUUGGAAAAUCAAUUAAAUACAUCUGA